AUCAUCAAGGUGUUCAGGAUUACCAGGCUGUGUCCGAAAUCACCCCUUAUACUUUUAAAUAGGGCACUAGUUGAGGAGACAGCAAUGUGUAAUGGGGUCUGAAACCAUAGUGGACAUUAUCAAGUGCACUCAUUCAAUCCUGCAAUGGACCACAAUAAUGACUAUACAAUCAAUGUUAACCAUAGCACCCAUAAUGCACUGUGAUGGUCAUGCUGAAUGAGUUCCCACGUCUCGCCAGAAGAUGGCGCCUACAGCUGAAUCAUUCCUCCAUCCAUCCAUUUUCCAACCUGCUUGUCCAGUGUGGGUACAGCGUAAUGUCAUACAGCUGUGACACCGAUGCAGUUGGAGAAUGGCUGGCAAAUCAAGUGCAUGCAAAGUUCGGAAUGUGGAUAUCAACCCAUGCAUUGAGGAGAGUGAUGGUUCUCAAAAAUGUUUGGAUGCAUACAACUAUGAUAAGAGCAUGUGUUCUGCAUACUUCAUGAGGUAUAAAAACUGCAGGAAGUACUGGCAUGGUGUGAUGCUGCAGCGUAGGCGUGAUGGAGUAAAGCCUGAUAUGCCAACCGCUGAGGAGCGAGAGCAGGUCAUCACAGCCCUUGGAGGGAAGCCCUACUAACUGCACAGUAGCAGUUAGAACAUAAGUGUGUUUGGACUCAAUAAAAUAAAUUUCUUGCAGAGGACACACACUACGAAUCUAUCCUUCUAUUUAUGGAAAUGUAUUUCAGUCCUGUGGGGAAAGAGAUUAAAUGUGUACUUGCAUAAUUUCAGCAAUUAUGUAGUUGUGUAACAACUAAUGCUAUGUUUGUAUGUACCAUACUGUCAAUGUACCAUACUGCCUAAUUUAAUGUAUUCCGU